AUGUGUAAACAGCUUGGAGUUGGCCUGCUUUUCAUUGUCCUCGUUGGAGUAGGUGCUAUGAUGUGUGCUUACCCAUCUGAAGUUCAGCAAAAAACUAUAAAAUUCUAUAUGUUGUAUUUUAUUAUAAAGGUGCGUUUAUUAUUAAUUGCCUAACAUUAAAUAAUUUUUUUAUUCAAAAAAUGAGCUUAAGUAUCCAAGAUAUAAUACAAAGCUCCCUAUGGUUCCUCUUACAAACAUCCACACGAUUGCUGGCGCAUUUCUAGUCCUCUCAGCAUGCUUGAUGAUUACACUUUCUAAACAUAGAGCUUGCUUUUUAUUCACUGCAAUGCUAGUUAAUAUUGCCCUCCAAGGAAAUCCUUUUAUAUCUGGACUCAAUCAAGGAGAGCAGAUGAUAGCGAUGAUUACCCUUACUAAAUCAAUAGCCAUUAUUGGUGGAAGUUUACUUCUCUAG